AUGGAAUCUAUGGGCAUCGAAUCUAUCCACAGCCUGCUUGAUUACUACUGGAGGACACUGUUUGGACUCAUCGACAAAGCUCGUCCUGGAACGAAAAAAAUCGUCUGGCAAGAAGUACUCGAUAUGAAAGUGAACGUUUCGGAUGCCAUCGCCCACGUGUGGAAGGGUAACAGUAUAGCAGAGAUCAGAGAGACCAUGGCCAAUGUAACCGCUGCCGGACAUCACGCAAUUCUGUCCAACCCGAUUGGGGAACAUUCUACGAUUGUGAUCCGACAGACUUCCACGGGACCGACAAGCAGAAGGCUCUCGUUUUGGGAGGUGAAGCAGCUUUGUGGGGAGAAUACGUGGACGGGACGAAUCUUAUGUCUCGCAUGUGGCCCCGUGCUUCUGCUGUGGCUGAGCGGCUAUGGUCUAAUCCAGACGAGACGAAAUCGAAGUGAUAAGGCUUGGCCACGUCUUCACGAGUUCAGAUGCAGAGUGAUGAAUCGAGGCUUUGCUGCGUUACCACCGAAUGCUCCUGACUACUGUCCAUUUGAGUGGAAUCCAGUAUACAAGGAGCUUUGA